AUGGGUAAGGGGAAAUCGAAUGACGCUGGUAAUGAUGUGAGAACUGGGUGUAAAGAUCCAACGGAACUAAAAACUUUUUGUGAUUUGUGUACUGCUCAAGUCCUAGACGGCAAGAGGAGUGGAGGAUAUUUGAGAAAGGAAGAGGUUGAUGUAGUGAUUAAACAAUUAGGUGAAAUGGGAAAAGUAGUGACUCACAUGCAGUUUAAAACCAAAUGGGAUCAUCUGAGAAAACAGUGGAAGAGUUGGAAGGAGGUUUUUGAGCAUGAGACUGGGUUGGGUUAUGAUCCUGUAACUGGGAAAAUUGAGGCCACUGAUGAGUGGUGGACCUGA